CCCAGACGUGCGCAUGCUCAGUUGGUUACGGAGGUCGCCGGCGCCAGUGUUUUCCCACGUGCGGCGUGAACCGAGGGCAUCAUGUUGUGAGGCGAUGGGGGCUUCGUUGGCUCGCGUGUUCAGGAAUUUCAACCUGGAGAACCGCGCGGAACGGGAAAUUAGCAGGAUGAAGCCGUCUCCCGCUCCCAGGCACCCCUCCACCAAGAGCCUCCUGCAAGAGCAGCUGAGCUUCCAUCCAGAAAUUAAGGGAGAAAUUGCUAGAAAAGAUGACAAAUUGCUGUCAUUACUGAAAGAUGUGUAUGUCGAUUCCAAAGAUCCUGUGUCUUCUGUGCAGGUAAAAGAUGCUGGAACACCUCAGGAGCCAAAGGAAUUCAGACUGCCGAAAGGCCAUCACUUUGACAUGAUGAAUAUUAAGAACAUUCCCAAAGGCAAAAUUUCUGUUGCAGAGGCUUUGACACUUCUCAAUAAUCAUAAACUUUAUCCAGAAACAUGGACUGCUGAGAAAAUAGCAGAAGAAUACUAUCUAGAUCAGAAAGAUGUCAAUUCCCUUCUCAAGUAUUUUAUUACUUUUGAAGUCAAAAUCUUCCCUCCUGAAGACAAGAAAGCAAUCGAAUCAAAAUGAAGAAAAUCUUGAAGUUACUUUUCCUAUACAUACUCCCCAUCCCCAUGCCCUGUUUAUUUUCUUACUUUUAGCAUGUUAAAUUAUAUAAAUUACUGAAUGUUUAAAACUCCCUCCUUGUGAGGCCACACUAUUUAUUGAGCUCUGCUGAAUUUUCAGUAUUGCUGAGAUUGAAUUUUGUUUUCUUUUAAACUUUAUUUUGGUUUAGGCAUAUGCUCAUAUGUAUAUCAGCAUGACUAAGCACAUGUACAAAUUUAUCAUAAAUAAAAGAAUUAAUGUGUUAUUUUAGGCACAUAUCAUAUCAGCUUUUAAAUGUCAUUUGGCCUCUUGGGAAGUGUCCUGAAUUCCUCAUUUAACAUUCAAAGUUUCAUCUUCCAAUUUAGAUGAUUAGUUUAUUCUUAUGGAAUAGUGAAAGUAAGAGCUUUCCUGUCUCUUAAGACUGACAUUUUCUUGUUAGGGAAAGAGAGACUUGACAGUGAGGUAGAAUAACUAUUUUCUAAAUAAAGACAGGAGACUCGAUACCAAAUCAAGAGAAAAAUACAUUUUUACUACUACAGGGAAUAAGAAUUAGAACUACUUUUGUUUUGAGUUGGUUUUAUAUAUGGAAUAGCUCUUUAAAAUUAUGAGAAGGAAUUGGUGUUUAUAAAAUUUUAACAAUCUCUGCUUUGACAAACAGAUCAGUCCAAAAGCUUUCAGAGAGGCAAGCAGUAGUUGGAGCUAUCUGAAAAAAAUAACUUUUUUCUUGACUUAAUGUAGAAAUACAAGAAAAUUUUAAAGAAUGGUUAAAUCAAAGAACUGUGGUAAAUGAAAUUUAGUGAUCAAAUGUGUAUAUCUUCUAAUUUAAAUGCUGGCUGAAAGAGGAGAGAAAAAUUAGCAAGUAGAAUCAUAUACAAUGUGAUCAUUAGAAGGGACCUGGGAAAUUGCUUCUUCAUCCAUUUAACAAACUUAUGAGCAUAAUGUGUAAGAGUACUGGGGUCUUGAGCAAGAUUGUGUAAAUUUGGCUUUGUCAUAUUACUACCUGUGGGAUUUGGGGUAGAUUGUGUAACCUCUUUGAGAUUGAAUUUCCUCCAUGAAAUGAGUAUAAUGCAGCCUGACUUAAAUCUGAGGGUUACUGUGAAGAUAAAUAAAGGACCACAAAGGACUGAACAAAUAACGACUGACUUUUCUGUAUUUGAGAACAGAGGCCUGGGGACGUUUCAUGACUUUUUUAAGAUUAUUCUGUAGUUUAUGACAUAGCCAGGCCCAUAAUUUAGGUUUUCUAAAUCCUAGGGGUGUUUUUUUUUCUGUUGUGACAAAAAGAAGCAUCUCUCCAAAGAGCAGAGCUGCGAGUUUUAGGAAUAUUGGGGAAAGUGAUAAGAAAAAUUCCAGGUUAUCAGUUUCUUUCUGAGAGAAGGUAGACAUUUGCUGCUUUGCAGGGGUUCCCCUGGAAAUGGUAUGGAAGAUUCUGAGGAAUCCAUCAUGAUGAUGGAAUGAGGCAUUCAUAAUGCUGAGAAAAGAAAAGGUGGGAAAUGUUUGUUUUCAAAUGCAGUUUCAUUAUGUGAAUAAACUAUACCUAGUAUAUAUUUGGUUCAAAACUAAUUCUUUUAAGAAAAUAACUCUGAAUAUAAAAUUCUAUUUUAAAACUGGUAAAUCAGUCAUCAGAACUUUCCCUUUAUCAAAUAAGGGUCAAUACUUGAAUUACUAAUACUGCUGUUUCUGAGCCAUCUUCCCUAUUCAAAUCUGCACUGGUCAGGCAGCUGUAAAUAUGGCUGUUACAUGGUGUCACAUGAUAAAAUAAAGUACUUCCCAUAUCAUU